GUUGACCGUUUGGCGUUCCAAUUUCUCCCAUUCAUUUUAAUAAAAGUUUUGAAUUUAAAACCGUUAUUGGUGUAGCCUACUGCGCAUGUGCCUUUUGAUCUGUAACGGCCGACUUUCAGUGGACUGACGCUGAGGAAAAUGUGAGGAAAGAGAUGGUAUAUAAAGAGGAACAACUCCAGUGAAUCUACUGAAGCCUACUGACAAAUUAUUGGAAAAAUGAAGACUAUUAAAGAGGAGAGUGAAGACUUGAGUUAUCCAGAGCCAUGGAUGGUGAAACAUGAAGAUAAUGAGGAACAAAGAGACUUGAUGGAAGUGAAGGAUGAAAUUCAAGAACUGAAUAAUGUGGAGGAGAAAGAACAGUAUGACAAAUCAAAAAAAAUCAUAACUGGUGAAAUAUCUUCUAGUUUCUCACAGACUGGAAAUAAUUUCUCACAAAAAAUAUCUCUGAUUACAACAGCCAAAAGUUCUUUCACCUGCUUUCACUGUGGAAAGAGUUUUGCACAAAAAGGAGACUUUAAGUGUCACAUGAGAAUUCACUCUGGAGAGAAGCCUUUCACCUGCCUUCAAUGUGGAAAGACAUUUGCACGAAAAGGAAUCCUUGACACUCACCUAAAAAUCCACUCUGGAGAGAAGCCUUUCACUUGCACUCAAUGUGGAAAGACAUUUGCACGAAAAGGAAUCCUUGACACUCACCUAAAAAUCCACUCUGGAGAGAAGCCUUUCACCUGCCUUCAAUGUGGAAAGACAUUUGCACGAAAAGGAAUCCUUGACACUCACCUAAAAAUCCACUCUGGAGAGAAGCCUUUCACUUGCACUCAAUGUGGAAAGAGUUUUGCUAGAAAAGGAGUCCUUGAUACACACAUAAAUAUUCACUCAGCAGAGAAGUCUUUCACUUGCCCUCAAUGUGGAAAGAGUUUUGCACAAAAAGGAACCCUUAAGACUCAUAUCACAAUUCACACUAGAGAGAAACCUUUCUCAUGCCUUCAGUGUAGAAAGUGUUUCACAAAGAAAGAACAGCUUGAGGUUCACAUGAAAAUACACUCUGUAGAGAACAGGAACACGUGCCAUCACUUUGGAAAGCAUUUUAAAUUGAAAGGAAGUCUUGAGGAGCACCUGAGAAUUCACACCGGAGAGAAGCCUUUCACAUGCACUCAGUGUGGAAACAGUUUCACAUACAAAGUACAACUCAAGAGACACCUAUGUCUUGACUCUGGUUACAGCCCUGGUGGUAGCCCUUACACGUGCCUUAAGUGUGGAAAGAUUUUCUCAAAGAAAAAAUACCUUAAGCAUCACACGAUUAUUCACACUAGAGAAGAGCCCUUCAAAUGUCUACUGUGUGAAAAGAGUUUCUCAAAAGAAGUAAGACUUAAGUGUCACAUGCGAAUUCACACUGGAGAGAAGCCUUUCACAUGUGUUCAUUGUGGAAAGAGUUUCUCAAAGACAAAAGACCUUCAGCUUCACAUGAGAAUUCACACUGGAGAGAAACCCUUCACAUGUCUACAGUGUGGAAAGGCAUUCACACAAGAAAUAAAUCUUAAGCGUCACUUAAGAAUUCACACUGGAGAGAAGCCUUACAUGUGCUCUUUUUGUGGAAAGAGUUUUGUUGAAUCAGGAAACCUGAAAGUACAUGAGAGAGGGCAUACUGGAGAGAAGCCAUACCACUGCACUUCAUGUGGGAAGAGAUACAGCAAAUCACAAAGUCUUCAGGCUCAUUUGAAAAAACAUUUUCCAAAGUUGUCCUAGUGAGCAAAGUUCUUCAGGGUCAAUACUAUAUGUGCGGAACUACUAAUUUCACUGACGUUUAAAUGAAAACUUUGGAGUCGACUAGUCUAAAAAGACACCAACUAUUACAAAACCGUAAAAAUAAAAAAUUAAUUGUUUAUGCGACCAAUUUAAACAUCUUGAUCUAUUUUCAGCUGAAAAGGGGCAUUUAUCUGUGAUGUGUUCACCUUGCAUGAUCAUUGUACAUUAAAUAUAGAACAUGACAUGCAUUAUGAAUAAAUGUUAGCAAAUACAUUUAUUGAAAACAAUUCAAUGAAUAGUGCAGGACCAUUAGAGCAACACUAAUAGCCUGUUCUACAUAGAAAUCACCAAGUAAAAGCUUCUAAACUAAUUAAAACAGUAAGGACAUUGUUGAAAGUAAUUAACAGGUAAGCCAAAUCUACGAGAGAGGGAACAAAUGUGCUGUAAGAGUUUGUAUCUAAUAUGACAGCUAGCUGUUCAGAAAAGAGUGUUAACCAAUAACUUUAUGAUGCAAAAAAAAAGAAAAGAAUAGUUUUAGGAUAGAAAAAAAUAGGCCUGUGAUUUAGCCUACAAUAGACCUAAUGUAUUAUAAGCAUGACGUGCACACAAAAUAAAAGAUAAUUUAACCCGUCAAGCAGUCGGCACCUCAUUGAAAAAUUUCCAUAGCGACUUUCAAGCCAAUGUUUUGGAAAUCCACUUCUUGCA